AUGGGCGAGGGCGGGCUGGCCCCGGCCUUCCAGCUGCUGCUGCGCGCCUGCGACCAGGGCGACACGGACACGGCGCGGCGGCUGCUGGAGCCGGGGGCGGCGGAGCCCGCAGAGCGCGGCGCGGAGCCCGAGGCGAGCGCGGAGCCCGGGGGCCCCGAGUUGGCCGGUCCCGGGGCGGCGGCGGCGGCGGCCGGAGCGCCGGUGCCCGUGGACUGCUCAGACGAGGCGGGCAACACCGCGCUGCACUUCGCCGCGGCUGGGGGCCACGAGCCCCUGGUGCGCUUCCUGCUGCGCCGCGGCGCCUCGGUGAACAGCCGCAACCACUACGGCUGGAGCGCGCUGAUGCAGGCGGCCAGGUUUGGGCACGUGAGUGUGGCACACCUCCUCCUGGACCAUGGGGCCGAUGUCAAUGCCCAGAACCGGCUGGGGGCCAGUGUGCUCACUGUGGCCUCUCGGGGUGGCCACCUGGGUGUGGUAAAGCUGCUCCUGGAAGCUGGUGCCUUUGUGGACUAUCACAGCCCCUCCAGUGAGCAGCUGGGGCUGGGAGGUGGCCGGGACGAGCUACUGGACAUUACAGCCCUGAUGGCCGCCGUCCAGCACGGGCACGAGGCUGUGGUACGGCUGCUGCUGGAGUGGGGUGCUGACCCCAACCACGUGGCCUGGACGGUGGGCUGGAGCCCGCUGAUGCUCGCGGCGCUGGCUGGGAGGCUCAGCGUGGCCCAGCAGCUGGUGGAGAAAGGAGCCAACCCUGACCACCUCAGUGUGCUGGAGAAGACAGCCUUCGAAGUGGCUCUGGACCGCAGGCACAGGGACCUCGCCGACUGCCUGGACCCGCUGACCACCGUCAGGCCCAGAACAGAUGAGGAGAAAAGGCGACCUGAUAUUUUCCAUGCUUUGAAAAUGGGAAACUUCCAGCUGGUUAAAGAGAUCGCCGACGAAGACCCCAACCAUGUGAACCUAAUCAAUGGGGACGGGGCAACACCGCUGAUGCUGGCAGCUGUCACAGGGCAGCUACCACUGGUGCAGCUGCUGGUAGAGAGGCACGCCGACAUUGACAAGCAGGACAGCGUGCAUGGCUGGACGGCCCUCAUGCAAGCCACCUACCACGGGAAUAAGGAAAUUGUCAAGUUUCUGCUAAACCAAGGGGCUGAUGUCACUCUUCGUGCAAAAAACGGGUACACAGCCUUUGACCUAGUGAUGCUGCUGAAUGAUCCUGACACGGAACUUGUUCGACUGCUGGCAUCUGUCUGCAUGCAGGUGCAUAAGGACAAAGGCCGGCCCAGCCACCCACCACCUCUGCCCCACUCGAAGGUCAGAGAGCCAUGGAGCAUCCCAGUGCUACCUGAUGACAAAGGUGGCCUGAAGUCCUGGUGGAACCGAAUGUCCAAUCGGUUCCGCAAGCUCAAACUGAUGCAGACACUGCCCCGUGGGCUGUCCAGCAACCAGCCUUUACCUUUUGCCGAUGAGCCUGAGCCAGCACUGGACUCCACAAUGAGAGCCAACACCCAGGACAAGACAGGCUUCCCUGGGCUUCCGAGUGCAGCCCUUGUGACCAAAGAGAAAGGUCCUGGGAGUGUGAGAGGAGAAAAAGAAGAUGCGUUAUUGACAACCUUGCUUCGAAAUGGAGCCCCCUUCACCAGACUCCCAAGUGACAAGCUGAAGGCAGUCAUCCCCCCUUUCUUGCCCCCUUCCAGCUUUGAGCUGUGGAGCUCCGAUCGGUCCAGGACUGAUCAGAAUGGGAAGGCAGAACCCAUGAAGACAGUGCUGCCCCAGAGAGCCAGCAGGGGCCAUCCUUUGGGCAGCGGGGGCUCAGACGCCACCCUCGUCAGGCCAGUUAAAUUUGCCAGCCUCUCCCGGAGCCCAGCCUCUCCUGCCAAUUCUGGAAGCUUCAACCACUCACCUCAUUCCUCAGGCGGCUCCAGCGCAGUAGGAGGUGUGAGCAGGCACGGAGCAGAGCUUCAUAACCGCUCAGGUGGCAGUGUAGACAGUGUCUUGUCCCAGAUUGCUGCCCAGAGGAAGAAAGCAGCCAGAUUAUCUGAACAGAAGCCCAGCCAGCGGUCAAGUCCUGUGGGGCCCGCACCAGGGUCCAACCCAUCCGAGCUCCCGGUCUCUCCUGCAGACAGCAGCGUUCCUGGCAGCAAGCAGAAAUUGGAGACCAGCAAACGGCCUCCAUCUGGAACUUCAACUACCUCCAAAAGCACCUCCCCCACCCUUACACCCUCCCCUUCACCCAAGGGCCACACUGCUGAGUCCUCGGUGUCCUCCUCCUCGUCCCAUCGGCAGUCCAAGAGCAGUGGGGGCUCCAGCAGCGGCACCAUCACAGAUGAGGAUGAACUGACUGGAAUCCUUAAGAAGUUAUCGCUUGAGAAAUACCAGCCCAUUUUUGAGGAGCAAGAGGUGGACAUGGAAGCCUUCCUCACACUCACCGACGGUGACCUGCAGGAACUGGGCAUCAAGACAGAUGGGUCCCGACAGCAGAUCCUGGCAGCUAUCUCUGAACUGAAUGCAAGCAAGGGACGCGAGAGACAAAUUUUACAGGAAACCAUUCACAAUUUCCACUCAUCCUUUGAGAGCAGUGCCAGCAACACCAGGGCCCCCGGCAAUAGUCCCUGUACGUGAUUCUCCUUGGGUGGCCACCAGACCAUGGCUGGUUGGGUGAGGCCGGAAGAAGCAGCCCGCAGCAAGAGGUAGCAGCAGCUUACACAGCACUGCCAGCAUCCAGGCCACAAGGAAGCCAGGGUUGGCCCCUGGAUUCCUGGUCUCAGCUGUUCCUGAGUUUAGGCGUUUGUGUUGCUGGGAUUCACACCAAGGUGGACAAAAAGAAAGAAAGCUGUCUGAAAACCAUGGAGGCUGGCCCAGCAGGCAGAGUGGAACCCCUCUCACUUGCUCCUGCCUUGGAGUUGCCCGAAGGCACUGUGCAGGCUAGAUGGCUGCACACAGCUCCCCUGAGCUGUGUGUCCAGGUUAAGUGCCACGUGCCGUGGCUAGGAUCCUUCCUGCAGUCCAGAAGAAGGUGACAUCUGCAGAAGGUGAAAUGGUGAAAUGAAGCGCCUCUGGCUGUCCUUGUCCAUUUCAAGCAAUUUAAUCGUAUCUUAUUAACCAGUGGGUUCUGUUCAGUGUGUAAAGAGAUCUGGUGUUUUCCCUAAUAAAGUCGAUUCCAAAUUCUGCAGGACUGGCUGGGGAGGAUAACUCUCCUCCUGGGAGGGUAGGGAUCCCUUCCCUUAGGAGUUUCAUGUGUAUUCCUCAGGUAUAUUCCUCUUGAGGACUUGCUAGGCUCUCUGCUGGUUUGGGGGCUCUGCUCCUCCUUAGAGUAGACUUGAACUCUACCUUAGUGUCAGGUCCUCAACUGAGAAAUCAAGCCCAGAUGGACAGCAGUUCACUAACUCUUGGGUGUGGCACAGGAAGAACCAUAGGUGGUGAGAGAUUAAAGCCCUGUCACUUGUCUUUAGCCAUUCCCACCCCUCUGGGCUUCUUAUGGCCAAAAACACAACUUGUUGCCACUCAGGGCUCCCCAUUCCCCUGCCAAUGAUGGGGUGGAGCCAACUCCCCAUGAUAGGAUCCCUCCUCCGUUCCUGUGACUGAGAGACACAGGCAUGGCCAUCUUUGUCAGGGAGACCUUCUGGUGGUUGGGGUAGGCAUUAGCCUUGCCACAAGCCCUCAACAGGGCCACUGGUCCAAGGCCAGACAUCAUUUUAUUUCAGACCUGCAGAGUGGUUUCCAUCUUCCUCAUGUCAGACAGUUCUUUUUCUUGUUAUAUUAUUGUUUUUCCCAUACAAGGACUUGAUUCUUUGAUUUUUGUUUGCCAAGCUGCGUGUAUUAAAUAAUAGUUGAUUUUU